GGGGUCAAGCUCAGGUGUACCAAGAAUCUACUUUGAAGUCCUUUUAAGUGGUGGAGGAGGAGAAAAGACAGAGUUAAAUAAAACAAGCAGCAGGGAAGAGGACAUUUGGAGAGGCUUUUGGCAAGAGACCAAGGACAGAGCAAGAGGAAAGGUGGAGAAUUCAAGAGGGAACUUCUUAACAUUUGCUUGGAGCUCACCAAGUGGGAGGAGAAACAAACUAAUUAGUAAUAUCAGGCCAGGAGCCAUGAUAGCCUAUAUAAACUGGUGGGGCAUGUUCUUUUUCCCACUUUCUUAGCCCUGCUUUCUUUCCAUCCCAGCCAGCAAAGCAACAUCUGCCCCUGAACUCUUCGGAGAGGGACCAUGGAAAACAGUGUUGAUGUCAAGAUAGAAACCAAGGGGGAAAGAAAUCCAAUAAAGCAGAAUCCACUAAGCAAAGCUGGGAAGAGAGUUUGCAGAGCUGUUGGGUACAUCACUGGAGACAUGAAGGAAUUUGGAGCCUGGCUAAAAGAUAAACCUCUCGUGAUCCAGUUCAUUGACUGGGUGCUGCGUGGGAUAUCCCAGGUGAUGUUUGUCAACAAUCCUCUCAGUGGGCUUAUCAUGGUUGCUGGCUUCCUGGUGCAGAACUCAUGGUGGACACUCACAGGUUGCUUAGGAACUGUUGUCUCAACAUUAACAGCACUUAUUCUGGGUCAGGACAGAUCAGCCAUUGCAGCAGGUCUGUAUGGCUAUAACGGCGUCUUGGUGGGAUUGCUUAUGGCUGUCUUCUCUGCUAAGGGAGACUACCAUUGGUGGCUUCUCCUGCCAGUAGCACUGGUGUCCAUGAUGUGCCCUGUUUUCACCAGUGCUUUAGGCUCAGUCUUCUGUAAGUGGGAUCUACCUGUUUUCACUUUGCCUUUCAACUUGGCCUUGACCCUCUACCUGGCUGCAUCAGGACCCCAUAACCUCUUCUUCCCUACAACCAUCAUCCAGCCUGCAACAGCAACACCAAACAUCACCUGGACAGAUGCUGAAAUGCCAAUGCUCCUACAAUCCAUUCCAGUUGGGGUGGGUCAGGUUUAUGGCUGUGAUAACCCUUGGACUGGGGGAAUCUUCCUAAUUGCUUUAUUCAUCUCUUCUCCGCUCAUUUGUCUGCAUGCGGCAAUUGGAUCAGCAGUGGGGAUGCUGGCAGCUCUGAGCUUAGCAACACCUUUCAGCAAAAUCUACUCUGGGUUGUGGGGCUACAACAGUUCCCUCUCAUGUGUGGCGAUUGGAGGCAUGUUCUACGCAUUCACCUGGCAGACACAUUUGCUGGCAAUUGCCUGUGCGCUCUUCAGUGCCUACCUGGGAGCAACAGUGAGCAACAUGUUGUCCGUGUUUGGGGUGCCAUCAGGAACAUGGUCUUUUUGCUUGUCUGCGCUGACCUUUCUGUUGAUAACCACGAAUAACUCUGCCAUCUACAAGUUACCACUCUCCAAAGUCACCUAUCCAGAAGCCAACCGAGCUUAUUAUCUGAAGAUGAAGAAACAUCGGAAGUCUUGCUAUGAAGUAUAAAGACCAAACAUGAGAGAUACUUUGAAGAUUUUAAGGCAUGAAUACAAGGUGUUUCCCCCCAAAAAAAUCCAUUCUUUGUCUGCUACAAAAUCAAAAGACUAAAAACAUUGCCACCUUCUGAGUGGAGAGACUUUUUUCAUUACAUUUGUUUGUCCUGUCCUGAUCAGAUAGGACUGUGCUGAGCUGGAAGGACCUUUCCCAUAUAUGCCUGAAAAGACACUUGAAUUUUAAGCAGUGGGGAAACAACUUAGAAAUUGAAAAAAAAAAAGGAAA